GAUUUUCAUCUCCACCUGGACUUGCUUCCCUUAUCCCUCUCUUUCUUCCUUUCUUUGGCAGCAUCAUCAAGAAAACAAAGGUUAAAAAAAAAAAAAAAAAAAAAAAACCCUAAUUUCAAGUCGCCGUUUCUCUCCUCCACUGUGAAAUGAAGUGAUCAGCAUCAAUGUAGUCAGAGAGUUGGCAUCAUUUUGAUACGGAAUUAAAGUCUACACUGUAAAUACUUGACUUAGAGGAGGAGUAAUGGAGGCUAAUGUAUGUGACAUCAAUCACUUGGAUGCUGAUGUCCUGUUGCCUCCUCGGAAGCGCCUUCUUGCAGGAUUCAAGAAACAGAGUUCUGAUGGUGAUGCUGCCUUGGCUUCUCCUGCAGUUGCUUCAUCCUCAUCCUCGGCAUCUCCUUCUUCUCCUCCCCCUACUCUUUCUCCAUCUCCUGUGUCCCCAUCUCCCCCUUUGCCAACUCCUUUUUCUCCAUCUUCAAGUGAAUUUCAAGCCCGCCUCAACAAUCUUUUGACUUCUCAUUUUAAUAAUAGCCAUAAUCUUUCGCCUGAGCAGAUUGUGGAGGCCUCAAAAUCAACAGCUGAUGCUGCUGUUAAGGUUGCAGAAGCUGCAAGAGCUGCAGCUCAGGAGAAGGCUAUUAUUGCAACAAAAGCUGUGACAGCUGCUAAAAGUGCAUUAGCCUUGGUUGCAUCCUUUCCUAAAGAGGCAGCUAGCAAGGAGAAGAACUUAAAAAAGAAUAAGCUGAAGAAGCAUGUCCAGGUUCAACUUUUGUACAGAAAGCACCAACCUAUUGAGAACUAUAGGGAUGAUGAAGAGUUAGCUCGUAAGUUGCACAGGGUUAUAAACAGCUCCCCUAGAAUUUCAAAGAACUCUUCGAGUUCUGAUUUUAAGGGUCAUAAAAAUAAGAAGCCUAAAAGCUCACCGACUUCUGAGAGAACUAGGAUUUCAAAUGGAAGUGUGGCAUUUGGAGGAAACCUGUCUUCUAUGUGCAACGGACAUGCUAUAGCAGGUGAAUUGGAUUCUGAAGCCUCCAUUGGCGAGGUAUGCACAAGUACAGCAGAUGAGAAGACAUCCAAAUAUGAAAAGGCUGACCAAUUAGAGAUGGAUGAUGGGGAAGCUGAAUCAAGUCACUCAAAGGAGAAAAUAUGCGGAGGUGCAGGUUCGCCGGGUAAAAAGAGGGGAAGACUGAAACUAAAGAAGUUGCCAUUAAGCAUUUGUAGCUCUAGGGAUAAAGCAAACCCCAAGGAUGAUAUUGUUCCCAGAAGUUCCCCAUUGACUGACAAGAACAUGGGCAAUCCUACAACUGGCAAUAAGCCAUUGUUUUCUAUGGAGCCUUCAGCUGAUAAUCUGAUGCCAAUUGAUGUUGCACCCGUGCGGAAAUGCCAGGAGUUCAAGGCACCUGCUUGUGUUAAGCAGAAUAAAGUGAUUCAGUCAUAAUUGUCAAAUCCUUCUGGUAGAAGUUGAUAGCUGAGGUAGAAUUCGUGAUGCUCUUUUUUUUUUUUUUUUUUUUUUUUAGUAGGAACGGCUUUAUUUGAUUUAUCUUCUUGUUCAUCUUUGGUUUUGUAAUGAACUUGAACUGAUAAAAAAAAAUGUACAUUUUAAAAGUUUAAUUGCUUGCUGGCAAUUAGGUUCAAGUCCAUGCUUUCCCCUCCCUGCCCUUGAACUGAAGAGGGAAAGUGCUCAACACUGUUCAAAGAUUGAUGUAGAUGACAUCAAAGGUUCAAGUGUUUCAGUAAACAUUAAACAAAAUUUCUGUUCA